GUGGAGGUUAACUUUUGGGCAUGAUUCAACCCCCUCACCCACCCGUUCCACUGUUAUUUCCUUGCUUUGCGAAGCCAGUGUAGAGCUUCUUGGUGCUGGCAGACACGGAGUGGAUGUUCCUGCGGUAGGCUAUCAAGGACCAGUGGAACUAGAGGAAAGGUUCUCCGACCGACCAGCUAAUAUCAUCAGUUAGCCCAACAGGCAGGUUCAAUCCCCGCGCUAGGACAGAAAUUCGUCCCGUUUGGUUUGGAAUUUCCUGUUUCACAGAAAGGCCUGCGUGAGAGUAACUAUCGUCACCAUGCCUUCCUGCUCUUCCCUGGUCGCGCUUCUGUGCGCCGCCCACUUGGCGCUCCUCUGCCACGGCCUGCCCUUCGAGCAGAGAGGAUUCUGGGACUUCGGCAUGGACGGCGACGGCGGAGACAUGAUGAUGAUGAUGAGGGACGAAGAGGAGGGCUCGGCCAUGGAGGAGCUGCCGUCUCCCCCCGUCGGCCCCACCACCUGCCCCUUCGGCUGCCAGUGUCGCCUGCGGGUCGUGCAGUGCUCCGACCUGGGCUUGACGGAGGUGCCCAAGUUCAUUCCUACUGACACCAAACUGUUGGACCUUCAGAACAACAAAAUCGCCGAAAUCAAGGAGAAUGACUUCAAAGGGCUCACGAAUCUCUAUGCCCUGUCCCUGGUCCACAAUAAGCUGACUAAGAUCCAUCCGCGCGCGUUCGCUCCGCUGCGUCACCUCCAGAAGCUCUACAUCUCCCACAACCUGUUGCCGUCGGUGCCCCGCAACCUGCCGCCCUCAUUGGUGGAGCUGCGUAUCCAUGACAACCGCAUCAGCAAGGUGGCAGAGGGCACCUUCUCCGGCCUGGGCAGCAUGAACUGCAUAGAGAUGGGUGAGAACCCGCUCCAGAAUAGCGGAUUUGCACCCGGGGCCUUCAGGGGACUGAAACUUAACUACCUGCGCAUCUCUGAUGCCAAGCUCACUGGAAUCCCCAAAGACCUGCCCGACAGCCUCCACGAGCUGCACUUGGACCACAACCAGAUCCAGGCCAUUGAGAUGGGAGAGCUGAGUCGCUACAAGAACCUGAUCAGAUUGGGCCUGGGCUACAACAAAAUCCGCAUGGUUGAGAACGGCAGCCUGUCCUUCUUGCCACGCCUGCGGGAGCUGCACCUGGACAACAACAUCCUGACGCGGGUGCCCAAGGGGCUGCCUGACAUGAAGUACCUGCAGGUGGUCUACCUGCAUGAGAACCGCAUCAGCGCGGUAGACAUCGAUGACUUCUGCCCGCGCCGCUUCGCCACCAAGAGGACCUUCUACAACGGCAUCAGCCUGUUUGGAAACCCCGUCAACUACUGGGAGGUGCAGCCCGCCACCUUCCGCUGCGUCCACGACCGCCUGGCCAUACAGUUUGGCAACUACAGGAAGUAGAGGAGAGAGAGGAGAGAAGAGAGACCUGUCCUGUGCGCACAGCCAGGAGACAGGGGAGGGAGGAGGGAGGAGGCAGGGGAGGGAGGAAGGGGAAGGGGAGCGGAGCGGAGCGGAGGUGGAGCCAGGAGGAGGGGCCCAUAUGAAAACGACAUACAUGAAAUUUGCCAAGUGAAAUGGGGCUGUACAAGUCUGGGUGGCAUUUUCUCGAAACCACAGUUGCUAAUUUUGUUAGCUACGUUGUUGUUUGCAAUACAAUUUCCCAUUGGCAACUACACAAGUUGCUAACAGGCUAACGACUACGCUUUUGAGAAAUGCAUCCCUGUAUGUGGCUGUAGAAGUGGAUCAUUUGGGUUGAGCUUUUGUAGGUGUAAAGAGCAUGUGUGCUUUAGUAAGCAAAAUAAGGAACGGGCUACUUUCAUACAUAUACAGUACAUAUGCCAUAGGCCUAUACAACUUGUCAAAACCAAAUCUAAUAUUAAGUUUCAUGUAUUUAUUUUUCAUAUGGGGGAGAGCGAAGUCUGAUGGGGCAGGUCAAGGGCGGAGGAUUGAGGAGGGAGAGGUGGAAGGGGAAAGAGAGAGAGAGGAAGGAAGGAAGGAGGAGGUUGUGGAGCUCAGUGAUUGGAUGGAAACAUUUUAGAAUGUCCUCAGAGAUGACGAGAGGAGAAGAAGAAAUACAAACACAGAGCCAUGGAGUACAAAGAGUCGUGCGUCAAACAUCGUGGUUAAGUCACGCUCAAGCACGAGAAUGUGUUCAGGAUGUGAAAAGACAUGCCUUAUUUUUUUUUGUUUUUUUACUAUUUUUUUCCAGUUAAGGUGUCAUAAGGUCAUUUUCAGAGUUAGAAGUUGAAAACCGGAUACCUUAUAGUCAUUUCUAAAAACAGUUCUAGUGUCAAAUUCUUAUCAUCCAUAAUGUUUAUUUUAUUUUAUGAAUCAUUAUACAUGGUAUUGUUUUAUGGACGUUGUAUGGUUUUCUUGUAAUUACUAUUAUUAUAAUAGAUGGUUAUAAAUAUUAAUUAAAUUGUGUGGUGGCGUUCUUGCCAGAUGAUAUAGACUUGAAUGCCUGAAAAAAAAGAUGUUUCAUAAGGUGCUCUUCAUCACUUAUUGUUUGUUUUUGUUUUUUUAUCUUUUAUUUGUAUGCCUGUUUUUUUAUUUUUUUUAUUUCAAAGUUACUUUUCUUCUACAUUUGCCUGGCUUCGGGGGCGUUGAUUGUUUUCCAUUGGGAGUUGCUUGGCUCACAUUCAGCUCCGGCUGUCUGUGCUGUGCCUUUUUAAAAUAGCUUGUUCUACCGUAUCCCAAUGAAAUGUGUCUACCACACCUGCGUACCCAGAUGUGGCAUCACUAUACGCCCCCAACAGGGGACCAGUGGGCUGAUUUGAUGGAUAAAAAUGGAAUGAAAGGACUUUAGCGGAUCAAUUUUUGCACAAUUUUGUCACUCAAAACUAAAAAAAGAAAAACGUACACACGGUUGGAAUGUUUUUUGUAUUGUUAUUUGGGAAGUGUGACUUUCUUGACUCUUGGGGACCAGUGUUGCCUUUUCACACACAAUGCCUUUUUCCUGUAAUUCUUCUUACUUAAGUGCUGCAUGUGAGAAUAAAAAGCAAAAAAAACCUUUAAAGCUUCUCUUCAGGAGCGGAGGUAUGGGAUACGAUCUUGGUUUUGAAGCUGUGAUGAAUAAAAUGUGUUGAGAAUUAAACCCUUUGACUUCGCACAUUGAGAAAUACAUCAAAGGAUCAGCAGUUAAUAAGGUCAGGCCUCCCACAAGAUAAGUUCAUUUUUUUUGUCCUAGUUAAUUGUCAGUUUUUAUGAAAGACAUGGACCACUUCUGAUGUGGAACUCUAGAGCUACCUCAGUGUCGAACUGAUAUGUGGUUUUAAUAUCAAAGUUAAACAUCUUAAAGUAGCAGUGGAAUUAUAUCCAGCUUAGCAUACUUAAUAUGAUGGAAUCCAUCUGUGCACGCACCACUGGAGUGAUAUGCUGCAAUGUGUAUGUCGCGUGGAGGCGGGGCUUAACGCUCGGAGCCGUUCCCAUAGCAUCACUUUUUGGGGGGGAACACAAAUUACAUCUUUUAUGUCAAGUGUGAAUGCCUGAACUGAACAUAUUCCUAAACGUUUUUGUACGCGUGUUCGAAGAUGUAGCUGUAGAAUUUGAAAACACGAGGUCGCCUGAAAUCGAUUAAAACAUGUUUCGACA